AUGUCCUGUUUGUGUGGGGGGGUAGAUGCUGAGCUGACCUUUGAACCCAACUCAACCACUCUAUAUUCUGGGGAGCACGUUAAUCUCACGUGUCACAUGAGAAAAUCAAAUGUCAGUGAGUGGUUUUAUGAGUUCAAGUGGAACGACAAACCACUGGUUCCCAUCACUUCCACUAACGUGCUCAGGAUUCCAGAGCUAACGCCCGACAGGAACGGGGAUUAUCAGUGCAUCGCUCACCACAACAGCUCAGAAGAGAACAGACGGAGCAACAGGGCCACUCUCUCUGUGUCAGCACACAGACCCAGAGCCACAGUGAGAGCAUCCAGGACGUCCAUCCCAGUGGGCGGCUCUCUGACUCUGACCUGUUCUGUGGAGGAGUCUGCGGGUUGGAGCUACGACUGGUUCACACGUUCCCCAGACGCUGAGGAAACCGCCAUCGCAACAAAUCCUGUGCAAAACUCUCUGAGCAUCUCACAGGGAGGCAGCUACUGGUGCAGGGGAAGAAGGACUCACUCAGAUUUCUGCUCAGAGAAGAGUCACGUGCAUCACAUCGACAGAACCUUGUCCAACAGAAGCUUUGUCGUGCUGCAACACAACUGGACUCAGAUAUUCAGCGGUGAGACGAUCUCUGUCAGGUGUGAGAUCCAGGGAGGAGGAGACACCCAGUGGGAAUAUGAAUGGAGGACAACAAGCUCCCACCAACCAGUCACUGGUCCAGACACAGCUCCCACACACAGUAAAUACAGGCUGGGCACUGCCUCUGUUUUCCACAGUGGAGAGUACUGGUGUAAGGCCAGAGCGGACUGGUAUUCCUCAACAGAGUGGAGUGAGGCCUUCCAGCUGAGAGUAACACCCGAUAAACCCAGGCCCAGGCUGACUGCCGAUAACACAACCAUCACAGGAAAGGGAAGCGUAGCACUGAGCUGCUCUGUGGAGAACCCGUCUGAGUGGAGAUACGACUGGUUCAGAAGAACCUCAGCCUCCUCUGCAGCUCAGAUCCUAAGAUAUAAUGAAACACAUGAUGGAAUCAGCAUCUCAGAGGAAGGCAUCUACAGCUGCAGAGGACGGAGAGGAGACACAACCUUCCUCACAGAGGACAGCAACCGAGUCACAAUAGAGAACAGAGUUUCCCACAAGGCGUCUGUGGCCCUGCAGCCUGACUGGUCUCUGGUCUUCAGCGGUGAGACGAUCACUGUCCGGUGUGAGGUCCCUGCAGAUGUACCAGCUGAGUGGGAGUAUGAAUGGACCAAACCCAACUCAACUACGGUUCCAACACACAAUGAAUUCAGGAUUGUCAAUGCGUCCUCGUCCGACAGUGGAAGCUACAGGUGUUUGGCUAAAGACAAGAAGAACUUGAAUUCCACGACCGAGUGGAGCGAUGACGUCACAUUAACAGUUUCUGCCUAUUGA